GUCUGAUACUAUUUCUCCAGCAUUACAAUGUCUGCUCCAGAAACCAAAUUCGCACCUACUCAAUCCUCUUCCGUCCUCGGUGGACAGAUCGUCGGUCGCUCCGAGCGUCAGGCUGCCCCUCCCGCAGCCGUGAAGCUUCGUCUUGACCUUAACCUUGAGGUUGAGAUCGCCAUCCAGGCUAAGGUCAACGGCGACAUCACCUUGUCGCUCCUUGAGUAAAUGCGCCACGCGUAUGGGGAGUCAGAGGCGGAGUGCAUUCCUCGGAUUGAGGGGUCAGGUCACGUCGAUUACAUUCUUCCCAUCCUCCGUUUCCCUACCUACACUGUAGUAUUUUCGGGCGUUGUUAUACCUACGAGAUAUCAAUAUCAGUGUCCAUGUUUUGGGAUCAUUUUAUUCUGCUC